AGCAGAGCAGCCAAGAUGUCGAAAGGCAGCAAGAAGCGGGCCGACUCCAUCCUGAAAAUGAGUCCGUCCCCCAUUCACAGCGGUAUUGCUUCAUUCAUCCUGAGCUGUGGAGUUGCAGGAGGCAUUACUGAAGCCAGGAAAGGUCGAUAUCCUCUCUGGCCUGAAUGGAAUGAAGCAGAUGUGAAUGCUGAGAAAUGGGAAGGAAUCAAGCCAGCCAAAGAAAAGGAAAAGAGUGCCAAAAGCCCUAGUCUGCAGUUAUUUGAGGAUCCAGAGGGGAAAAUUGAACUGCCACCAUCUCUGAAAGUUCACUCUUGGAAGCGUCCUCAUGAGUUUUUAAUAGAGAAGAACCCUGUUGUUGUCAAGAGAGAAAAGUGGUUUGACUUAUUAUCUGCUAAUGAACAUAUUCUAGAGAGUGAGUUGAUGCGAUGGAUUAUCAGUGAAAUCACAAUGCUUUGGGACACCUGUCUAAGUCCAACAUUAAAUGACAAAAGCUUGCUGGAUGAAACAGGACCCCCGUGGAGACCCUGGGAGCACAUUUAUGCCCUUUGCAAGGCCGUGAAGGGGCAUCUACCUCUCUACAAUAGCUACGGAAAAUACAUUGUGAGGCUGUAUUGGAUGGGGUGCUGGCGCAAGAUUACACUGGAUGACACCAUGCCCUUCGACAAAAAUGGCAACCUGCUGCUUCCAGCAACAACCUGUCAGGAGGAGCUCUGGCCAAUGCUGCUAUCAAAAGCACUCAUUAAGCUUGCAGACAUUGACAUGAUUACAACAGGAAGAAAAGAAUUGGGGGACUUCACAGUUUUGCAUGCUCUUACUGGCUGGCGUCCUGAAAUCAUCCCACUCCGAUCUGAAGAGUCUGAAAAAAACUGGUCCUUUCUGAAGACUAUGGUACCAGAGUUUAGUUUGACAAAUCGGGAACAUGUAAGUCAGGAACAGGCUGCAGAUGUGGCCAAUUUAGCAGACUUGGUGGAAAAUGCUAAAAAGGAGAAUGAGGCGAAGGUAGAUAGUAUCGUCAAACCAGCAGAAAAAGUUGUCAAAGAUAAACCAGAAACAAAGGAAGCUGGGAAGAAAAAGAAUAAGGAAGGAGAACACAAUAGAGAUAGAAGCAAAUCAUUAAUUCAACGGCCUGGAACUCUUUCUCAGAGUGUAUCUCAAUCUGUACUAGAAUCAGUACUCCCUACACCGGUGAUGCCACAGAUGGUGAUUUAUGCUACCUACCUCCCACUGCAGCUGUCAGAAGGAACAGUUUCUGUACUUGGACAAAUGGCGGAAUCCUCAGAGAAGCUGCGGCACUAUGGACUUUCCCAUGCACACAGUCACCCAGUUCUGGUGAGAAGAACAAGAUCAUGUUCCCUUGUAAAUCCAGCAGAGGUCUCACAGGUUCCUCGAUGGAAGCUUAUACGACCACGAAAUCGCCCCUUUCCAAUAGCUGACCCAAAAAAGCCCAAACCUAAAAAGCCAGAACAAUAUAUUGAAAUUGCAAGCCCGUUGCUUGACUACAAGAUAGAUACCACAAUCAUGCCACCAGAGAAAAACGAGCAACAGAAGCUUAAGAAAGGUGCCCCCCCAAGCCUGGCAGCUGUUACUGAAAUUGAUGAAACACUGGAUCAGAUUAACGAUGCUGAGGAAAACAUGAAGUCAAUGGAACCACCUCCCAACACAGAGAAUUCCCAGCUGGAUAUGAGCGACUCAGAUGAACUUGCUUCAAUACCAUCCUUACUUAAUAAACAGCAGUUCAAGAAACAUGCAGAUAACAAGAGAGAAUCACAUUCUGAAAGCACAAAGUCAGUCGGUCAGCUGUCAGCCAAGUCCCAUGGUGGUAAAAGCCGGCAUGGUAGUGCAGCAAGUCGGUUUGGAAGUGGAAAAAGUCAGCGAGAUAGUACAGUGGAACCUAAAAAAGAAUCACGUCCAGAAUCCAUAAAGUCAGGUGGCCAGUUUUCAUCUGCUAAAAGUCGGCUGACUAUCUCAGUGGAUCCUAACAAAGAAGAAAAUUUGAAUAUUCAGCAGCAACUGCAGAGUGAAAUUGAAGAUAGAACUUCCAGUGUACAUGCCCCCGACCAGGAGGUGUCACGGACAUCCAGCCAGAUGUUGAACUUGGACAAUACCUCUGAUGUUGCAGUCACAUUUGAUCAGAAAAAGUUCUGCAUGGAAAAAUGGAUUGAUUAUGAAGAUUUCUUCAAGUGUUUCCAGACAUUGAUAAUUUUCCAUAACCCAAGUAAAUAUGCUUACACAUUUGACAAAUCAAAUUUCAAGUUCACAGAUGACCGUGGACCAUUCUAUCUACUUGUCGAUGAUGUCAAACCCAUAGAAAUUUUGGUUACCUUCUCGGCUCUGGUGCGCUGGGGGGAUCUCAGUUGUGAGAAAAGCCUUAGCAAGGAAAGCAAUGAGAAAGAUCAUCAGAAGGAGGUUUCAGGCCUUCUGCCAGGUGUACUCCUGGCUGAACCAUACAGCUGGAAGAGUUUUGUUUCAAGUCCACCAGUUCUCUACAUGAAAACAUUGGCUACGAAAUCGACUAUCUUAGAACUACCCAGUGGCCGCCAUGUGUUACGGUUCACUGCCACUUCUCCUCUUGGAUACAACAUCAACCUCAGUGGUACUGUGCCAUUUACCUUUGGUGAUGAAGAUUUAGUUGUACCAAAUCUUGACAAGGAGAGCCAGCGAUUUACUCAACAAGCUGUCAUCAUCAUGAAAGCCACAGAAAAAUUGCUCAGUAGUUUUAGUGAUGAGCAUGAAUUUCGCAAAGCUUCAAUGGAACUGGAGUUUUCUCAUUUUCCUGUCCAAUUUCAAGAUAGAAAAAUGGCUGACAAGCAAAUUGAGGCCUUCAAUGAUGCCUUUUACGUCACCCUGCAGCAUGCUUUGCAUGCUCCUCUCAGCCCCGAGGAGGAAAUUGCUUUUAGAGCACUCUUGCUUGAUCUUUUGCCAAAGGAAACGCUGAGGAAAAAGAAGCCUCAUGCAGUGCCUGAACAGUGGCGGAAUAGGAUCCCAACUAAAGAAGAAGAAAGAGCUGUUAUUAAACUGCAAGCUUGGUGGAGAAGUAAGAGUAUUCAAUUCAUCUUUAGGGCAAGAAAAGUAGGGACAGAAGAAAAUGAGUAUGUCCAAGAUAUCCUGGAUCAGCUUCGCCUUCUUCUAGAAUCAAACACGGAGCAAAAUGGCUUAUAUUUGCUUAGGUAUCUGUUCAAUAAUAAUCCAAAACUGGCAAAAUUGUAUCCUUUUUAUGAAGAUGAAUUGAACAGGACAGUAUUUGCUGACUACACAACCUCUUACAGUGACCAGCCUCCCCACUUCUGGUUUGUGUUAUUCAGAGAGGUGUUUCAUAUGCCAGGGGAUAUGCUGCUGGUCCCCAAGGUUUACACUGCAUUAUCGGCCUCUGUUCUGCACGUGAUCAAUAAUGACACAGGAGAGGAAAUUCCCAGGGUCUUUCAGAAGGUGGCACCCCAUGUCUAUACUAAAAAUAAGAGUGGCUAUACAUUCAUGGCUGAAGCUCAGUCAGGAAGUUUUACACUUCCUUCUGGUAAAUGGAAGAUGCGUUUGAUCGGCACCAAUCAACCUCUUCCCACCCUGUCAAGUGAAGCUGUGAACAGCAACUUUACCAUGAAAGAGAUUAAGUCUUACUACAUUCCAAAUGACAAAAACCUCAUCUUCAGGUUCCAGAUUAAUGUGAAUGCCACCCAUUUAACAACCAUCCAUGUACAAACUUCCAAGCCAGAUGUAUACAUCAAGUUACAAGUCCUAGAUCAAGAGAAAGAAGUAGCCGAAGCAACUGGAAAAGGCCAAGUUGUCAUUCCUUCGUUUAUGUUUUACCAAAGCUUGGGGCAUUCCGCCUUUCAGAGAUCUUCAAUUAAACAACCCGAUACUCUUGCUGUUCAGGGAGGGUCAAAGAAGUCAGCAAGCAAUUCAAGCAAAACAGGAAAAGGUUCCUUAAGGUCUGGAAGUGACCGAAGGUCAUCUCCUUUAAAAGAUGAAAGUAGCUUCAAUCUAACUACAUUCAUCGAGGAAAUCCCUGUAGCUGCAGAAGUGACUCACAAGUACAUAGUUCAAGCGUUAGUUCUUCAUAAAAGCUGGCCACUAAAUGAAAGCGAUUUGACUUUUGCCGAAACACAAAAGGAUAUGGACUACAGCGAGAUUACAGAGAAGAAUAUUGGCCCAGGUUCUUCUGAGAUCGAUGAGCCGAAACACACACCAACAUCAAGACAAACCAAGAAAGGAAAGGACAAGGGUGAUAAGAGUGACAAAGACAAAGGAAAAGAUAAAAGCACGCCACUCAAGACAGAGAUUCCGGGACAGCAAAUUGAUUCAACAAAACCUCAUUUCACACUCCACUACGUUGUUGACUAUGGUGAAGGCGACUGUGUCGACAUCAAGAAAGACACCAAUCGACAGGAUGAAAUCCAUGCUAUGAAACGGGCCUGGGAGGCUGCAGAACCUGGACGAGCCUUCAAGGCCUUACAACUCCGUCUGCAUGUAUUGAAUAAUAAAGAAACAAAUAUAACUCUCCAGAGCAUCAGUGAGAAGCAAGAUGAAAUUGUCAAUGGGGAUGGUUCUGAAGUGAACGGCCAAGCUGCAGAAUUGAAGGAGAUACCAUCCACAGUUGUUUUGCAGGACAUUCAAGAAAAUCAAUCGACAGCUGUUGACAGAAAUUCACAAGUCUCUGAUGAUAUUAUUAAACCAAUGAAAUGGACCCAAUAUGUCAGGUCGACUCUACCUGAACCAGUUCUGGAGAAUGAAAAAAUUAUUGAAGAACGAGAGAAGAUUAAGACAGAAGAAAUUCACAAUUUCCGCCAAAGGCGAGAGAUAGUCUUUGAGCGGCGAGAGAGAGAAAGGCAGACACGGCGUCAACUGAAGGCACAGCAUCUGCAAAUGUAUGAGGAUUUGCAGGCAACCUUAGAUGAAGCUCGGCAAGACAUCUUUCAACUCAGAGAAUCAUACAGAAAUAAACUUAUUGAGGAGGAAAUGAAGAAGCAAAAAGAAAUUGCGGAAAUGGAAGCUCUCCAAGCAGAGCAAGAGAGAAAGAACAAAAGUGCUGCCUCUAAAAAGUCAAAGAGUCCGGGAAGGAAAAAGUAA